GAUGCUGCCUGCUGUGCUACCUGUGCAUCCUUGUCAUUAGAGCCCGGCAACGUCAAGUCAACAGUGCGUCUGAUAAGUAUAUAAACUCGAGUGAUUCUUUGAUGUUGUGCUCUUUUUCUAAUUCAAUUAGCUAUCCUUUUUUACUGUUUCCCCUUCGGACUUUCUUGGUCGCAUCUAUUGCCUGCAGUACAAUCACGCCAACAACAGCAACAAAGACAAUAACAAACAGAGCAAGGCUGACACAGCAAUACCCCUAUCAACAGCACCCUGUCCGCAUUUCAUCACAAUGGCCGCAUCACCCUCAAUCCAGAGCAUCUCAGACACGACGGACCAAGUCAAGCUGGCAGACGCCGCCACUCCAGCCCCCAGCGACUUUGGGAUCCGCAGCCUCUACAACCACUCGACGGACCGCAACCCUCGCCAUGCCAAGUGGUCUGAGUUUCAGGACUUGAUCCUGGAAGAGAAGCACCUCAAGGAGCGCGGGCUCGCGUACCCCGUCAUCCAGCGUUUCUCCAAGGCCGAGACGGCCGAGGGCGAGGUGUCGUGGGCGACGCACUCGAUCGAGAUCCAGAGCGAGCGUCUCAAGGCCAUCUUUGACCGCGUCUUUGCCGGCUACCCGGGAUGGUACCCGGACGCGGCGCCCUACACCUUCUUCCCGCCCUUCAAGCCGCUGGUGCACCGGUGGGAGGUGCUCCUCGAGGCCUUUGCCGACGUCGAGAAGACGAGCGACGACGACGAGGCGCUGCGCGCCACGCGCGACGACAUUGCCCACCUGCGCGGUGUGCUCGAGCCGCUGCUGGCCAACCACCUCUCGGCCAUGAACAAGGCCCGCGAGACGCUCGUCGUGUCGUUUGAGUCCCUCUGGCUCUUCCUCGCGCCGGGGAGCGUCAUGGUCUCGUCCGAGCAGGGCAGCCCGUGCGCGCUGCGCCUGCUCCACGUCGACUUCACCCCCCGCGACAACUAUGCCAACCAGCCCGGCUACUGGAGUCUCGUGCUCGGCCAGUAUGACUGGAACGGCAACUACUGCGGCCUCCGCCGCGUCGACAAGACCAUUAUGGAGUUCAAGGAGGACACCCUCGUCACCAAGUUCGACGUCUACCCACUCGAAUUCGCGCCCGCGAGAGAGAAGAUCGAGGCCGAGCUGCUGGCGAGAGGUGCCAAGUGGGCGCAGCUCCGCGGCAUGCAUGUCAAGCAUUGCGUCGGCAAGAAGUAUGUCUUGGUCAACGUCAAUGGAUGCAUGCGAGAGGUUGCGAAGCCGGUCUCGGGUCGCGUCAUCGUCGACGCCUUUGGGUACUACAAGGGCCAGGGCCAGGUGCUACCCAAGCUGUCGAGGAACACGCUGAAGUUGGAGUCAGAGGAGGAUGGCUCCGAGUCAGACGACGACGAUGACGAUGAGAAUGAGUCGGAUGACGGAUCUGACACAGAGCAGACUGUCGCCGUGGUCAAGGAAGAUAUGGAGCGGGACGAGGAGCUGAACGAGCUGACGCCCACUGAGUGCAUCCUCGCCCCUCCCCGCGUCAGAGGUUUUGAUUUGAGGACCAAGGAGUGGUGUCUGUUCGACAUUGACGACGUCAAGGAAACUGCUUGGGACGAGACACCCUACGAGAAGCUUGUCCUCCCUGGCGGCGACAAGGAGAAGGAGCUUAUCCUAGGCUUCUCCAAGCACCGAGCCAGCAACAGGGGAUUUGACGACUUUGUUCGUCAGAAGGGCAGGGGAAUUAUCAUCCUGCUCUGCGGACCGCCAGGUGUCGGCAAGACCCUUACCGCCGAAGCCGUCGCCGAGAAGUCGAAGACUCCUCUGUACGUCCUCAGCGCCAGCGACCUCGGGACCAACCCUGCCAAGGUGGACUCGGCCCUCACUGAGGCCCUCGAGUGCUGCCAGAUGUGGAAUGCCGCGCUCCUUCUGGACGAGGCCGACGUAUUCCUCGAGUGCCGCAGCGCCGUGAGCCUCGACCGGAACGAGCUGGUGUCCAUCUUCCUCCGCCGCCUUGAGUAUUACCAAGGCCUGAUGUUCUUGACCACGAACCGGCUGAGCGCCAUCGAUCCGGCCUUCAAGUCGCGCCUCGACUUGAUCCUGCCGUACCACGACCUCACGCGGGAGUCGCGCCGCGACGUCUGGAAGAACUUUAUUGGUCUGCUGCCGGCGGGAAGCGCCAACAUUGCCGAGGCCGACUUUGACGAGCUCGCGCAGACCGAGAUGAAUGGCAGGGAGAUUAAGAAUUCGAUCAAGACGUCACUGGUGCUGGUCAAGGCCGGGGACGCCCUCGGCAUGGAGCAUCUCCGCGUCGUCUUGAACAUCAGAAAGCGGAUUGUCGCUGUCGAGAGCGCGGAUGGCGGUUAUGGGAAUUAAUUGGCGAGGGAAGAACCGAGAUUGUGUUCUUAUGUUGAGUGGUUUUCCUCCUCUUCUUUAUCUUCUUCCCCCUUUCUUUGGAGCAGGUCUAUUUCGACCUUGGCCCCACCGGGGCUAAGCAUACGUGGUCUGAUUAUGGGUUGUCAACGUGCCGCGGUGGACGCUGCACUGCUGAUCUCCCAUAAUAUCUCGUGGGGCCAGUGCGCCGAUGGCUAGACUGUCUCGUCUCCAGCUGCAAAUGAGACUUUGCCAAAUCUCGCAAGCUUUCUCCUUUGAUUUCACAAAAACGAGGUCGUCACAGACACCCAUGGUAAUAUACCUCUGAACCUCAACAUCUGUAUGUGGCGCAGCUCUAAGCACAAAGCUUCGAAUACUAUUACGAUAUUUCUCGAGUG